GCACGGUUCCAUGGAUGUAUGAGCCAAACGAGCAAGCAAACCAAGUACGAUCCACCCGCUCACCUCGCUAUUCGGACCUGAGACGACGACGUUCCAUUGUUUCGUUGUCUCCUGGCCCGGGAGCGUGGCACACAGACAGAUACGGCUGCAGUAGCGCACGUGCACGCCCGCCCAAUACACGCUAAUCUUGGCACAUGUACGACCAGGUUAAGAAGCACGUACACGCGGACGCGACCGCACACUCUCCGCUAUAAACCGACCGACCAGUCACGCACGAUCUCUCGUUCGUGUAUGAAUGCUGUAGUCCGGUUACCACCAGACUCGAACCCAUCACGAACACAGGCUAACUUAUGGACGCACACAUAUCCGUGCGCGUUUGCUCUUCGGUCGCUCACGAACGAAAAACCAAUCACAGUGCUUUGAAUCAAUUUUACGUCCAUGAAGAGGUAUUUAUUACCAACAAUUUAAUAUUGGAAUCCCGAUAAAGGAAAAACAGAGAGAAGAAGUAGAAAGUAACGAACAAAACAAGAAAACGUGAUGCUUGGAGAAAUAUGAGAAAUGGAGAGAUAAAGAGGAGAUAAGUGGGUGGGAGUUAGGUAGAAUAUGGUGGGAGGAGAAGACAAUGUCAAGUAACCAAACUUGACUCUCGAUGAAUUUGCAUUUUCAUUGAAUAAUUUCAAGAAAAUCCAAUUAAUAUGAAUUAUAAAUGGAACAAAUUGGCAGUUCAUAAGGAACCGCCUCAAAUACUUCGAACCAAAUUACAAUUGCCGAUAAAAACUUUAAUGAGUCCUGGACCGACUAAUUGUUCGAAACGAGUUCUUCAAUCUUUACAGAAUCAAAUUCUUGGCCAUCUUCAUCCAGAAUUUUGUAUGUUAAUGGAUGAAAUUAAGGAAGGCCUUCAAUAUAUCUUUCAAACUAAUAAUAGACUCACUUUGGCACUAAGUGCAUCAGGUCAUGGAGGUAUGGAGGCUUGUUUAACAAAUUUACUUGAACCUGGUGAAACUGUACUCAUUGUUAAGUCUGGAAUUUGGAGUGAACGAGCAGCUUGCAUGGCUAACCGACUUGGUGCAAAUGUAAAAUUAUUAGAAACAGAUUAUACUAAAGGAAUCACAUUGAAAGAAUUGGAAAUUGCUUUAGAACAGCAUAGACCAGUUGUGGUCUUCAUGGUCCAUGCUGAAUCUUCCACAGGUGUUAAACAACCAUUAGAAGAUUUUGGUGUACUUAUUCAUAAAUAUAAUGCUUUGCUUAUCGUUGAUGUGGUUGCAUCAUUGUGUGGCGAGCCAUUCUUUAUGGAUUCUUGGGAUAUCGAUGCAGCUUACGCGGGCAGCCAAAAAGCCAUUGGUGCCUCUCCAGGACUCGCACCUAUUUCGUUUAGUCCGCGAGCAGAAAAGAAAUUGUUUGAAAGAAAAACAAAACCCUCCUCGUUUUAUUGGGAUCUUACAAUUCUUGGAAAUUAUUGGAAAUGUUUUGGAAAUGAGGAUCGUGUGUAUCAUCACACUAUGAGUGCUACACUUCUUUAUGGUCUUCGUGAAGCAUUGGCGGAAAUCGCAGAAGAGGGUCUUCAAGCAUUAUGGAACAGACAUGCUGCCGCAGCUGUCAGAUUAAGAAAGGGUCUUGAAUUACGAGGUCUUCAAUCUUACGUAAAAAUUCCACAAUAUCAAUUAUCUACGGUUAUAUCUGUGCAGUUGCCACCUGGUGUUGUGGAUAAAGUUGUUAUUCAACGAGCCAUGGAAAAAUACAAGGUUGAAAUUAGUAGAGGCUUGGGCCCAACUGUUGGAAAAUUUUUACGAAUUGGAUUGCUAAGAGUUAACGCCACCCCUGAAAAGGUCGAUUUAGUUCUACGUGGUCUGGACGAGGGUUUGAAAUACGCAUCGGAAUCGAAAUUAUAAA